UAUUUGUUAUUUAUUUGUACUGUUUACUUGUUAAAUAUAAAUUCAGCAUCACUGUCAGAUUUGUUUUGCCUGUCCAUGCAUUUGUUUAUCAUCUGUAUUUAGCCCACAUACACAGUAGCUGUAAUAUUGUACAGCAAAGUGUGCUUGUUUGGCAGACACCUGCCGCAAUUAAAUGCCAUUUUAUCAGAGCAAAAUCAUGACCCAUUUUGCUUCACAUAACCUUCUCAGGGCAAAUAACAUUUAACAAGAAAAUUACUGGUGCAAAGCAUAAGGUGAUAUCAUAUUUUUCAGUGCAGGGUAUAUGAAAUAGCAGAGGAAACUACAGAGAAUUAACUGGGAUCAAAAGGCAUGGAACUUCUGUCUAGAGCACAGUUGCUAGUUCCAAGGUUCCUCAUAACCAAGUCAGUCAAGACAAGCUUGAAAGAUAUCUCUGCCCAGGAAUAUCUGUCAUCCAGGAAAUAUGUUACCUUUCCUAUGAAUUGUGACAAUCCUGUCAGAAAACUUUAUAAGCUACUAUCAGGUGCAUUCUCAAAGGAUCCCCCAGAGGAUGGAGACAGUUCUGGCAGUAAACCUUUGAUAUCUCCUAUCCGAACACAAAAUUCUGGGCGAAAACGCUUAGUUAUUCUGGGAACAGGUUGGGGCGGAUAUAGUGUUUUGAAGAACAUAGAUAAAAAGCUGUAUGAUGUCAUAGUGGUCAGUCCAAGGAACCAUUUCUUGUUCACGCCAUUGUUAUGUAGUACCACUGUUGGAACUCUAGAAUUCAGGUCAAUCAUUGAGCCAGUCAGGAACAGUGGCUUUAGAAAAUCGGACCAUUUUCAUUUGGCAAGAGCAAUCAAACUAAAUUUUGAAGAGAAAACUUUGGAAUGUGAAAGUUCACUGAAACCUGGGUCUAAAUAUGUACUGGAAUUUGACAAGCUAGUGAUUGCUGUGGGUGCCAGAAGCAAUGCAUUUAAUGUCCCAGGUGUUGAGGAACAUGCUAUUUUUCUGAAGGAAAUUGUACAUGCUCAAAGAAUCCGUAGAAGAAUAAUAAGUAACUUUGAACUUGCUCUGCAACCACACAUUUCACCAGCUGAGAAACAAAGACUUCUGCAUACAGUCAUUGUUGGUGGUGGUCCAACAGGAAUAGAAUUUGGGGCAGAACUCUAUGAUUUCAUUAAGACAGAUGUUUCUCGCCUUUACUUGAAUACAAAAGCCGAAAUUCAGACCACACUUGUUGAAUCUCAGCAAAUUUUGGCUUCUUUUGAUAAAAGACUACAAGCAUAUGCAGAAAGGAAAAUUAAGGAAAGGCCAAAUUUUCACUUGAUCAAAUCAAAUGUAACAGAAGUGAAAGCAGAUAGUGUAACUCUCCAAGAUGGCACAGUUAUUCCCUGUGGACUGGUUGUGUGGAGUGCAGGUCUGGCACCAAGACCUUUCACACAAUUUUUAGACUCUCCAAAAAAUAACAGAGGGCAGAUAAUGACAGACCAGUACCUUCGAGUGUUGGGAGACCCCACUGGCAAUGUGUAUGCUUUGGGAGAUUGUGCUGAAGUAGAGCACAUGCCUCUUCCGUGCACUGCACAGGUUGCAGAAAGACAGGGACGGUAUAUUUGUAAGGCUUUGUGUGAAAAAAACCCUGCAGAUGUGAAGCCAUUCGUGUUUAAGAGCCUUGGCAUGCUGGCUUAUAUUGGAGACUACAAAGCCUUGACUGAUAUGCCUGAAGUGAAGCUAAGAGGUUUUCCCUCCUGGGUUUUGUGGAGAUCUGCUUACCUUACCAGAUUAGGGAGUUGGCGCCUCAGAAUGCAAGUACCACUUGACUGGACCAAGACUCUUCUGUAUGGCAGAGACACUUCAAGAUUUUAAUCUGCACAAUAACUAUGUUAUAAUGUAUUACAUGGACCAUAGGAAGUGAUACUGAUGCUGGGAUGCACGCAUUUUCAUUUUAUGGUAUCACUGGCUUUCAAUUAAAGAUUAAUGCCAUAUGUGACAAUUAAAACAUUAUUUAUUUUAAGUGUAUUAGUCAUUUCAAUCUAAUUAAAUUUUAUGAUUUAUGCUUUUCAGAAUAAGCUCAGGAAAAAUAAAUGGUAUUUUGUAAAAAUUGAUGCAAGUGUAUGUGUAUUUAUGUAAGUUACUAGUACUUUUUUCUGCUACAGCAAUGCUCUGGGCUCACCUAUUAGU